AUUUAAUCUUGCUUUUGAAGUGUAAAUAUUAUUUGCUGUAUCUUCUUCAACUUUAUCCAUAUAUGACAUGCGUAUAAUACGUAUAUAUUAGUUUUUACACUUGUUAAAAUGGUCCUAAUAUAAUAUUUGAGCAAUAUACGUCAUUUGGCUUUACCAAAAUGGACGACUAAUUGUAGAUAGGGUGUGACAGAUAUUACAGUAUUUCAACAUUGAGUAUGUUGGAGAGCUUAGGAUUUAAUAAUGAUCCCUUGUAUUUAGGUAUCUUCUGUCUUCAUUGUCAUAAUCGUGUAACUUGCCUUUUCAAAAUUUGUUUUAUGCAAAGGUUUAUGACACUUGUAAACACAGUAAUGAACCUUCUGGUUUUGUAAAAGUAGAAACAGUUCUUGACUAACUUACAGAUUGUAUGUAUUUUCUAAGAAUAAUGUAUUGUUAUUAGAUUUGUACUACAUUCUGAACAUCAUAUCCAUGAAAGGGCAAUUUACUGGUUCUGGACCCUAUCCGUUGGUUACCAGAGUACCAAAGGCUCUUCUUCAGAGUAUGAUGUUGACCACUCACAUCCAUCAUGGAGCUAUAUUUCCACUCUUCGAUGUGUCUUUGUGGUGUGAUGCAUAAGCCUGAGAACAACUUUAUGAUUGUGUGUGUGUAUGUGCAUACACACAUGCAUGCAUACUAAGUCUAUAUUAAUAGGAAGAAUGGUGUGCCUGAGGGAAACACAUCAUGGAUAUUAAAGUGGAGCCUACUUCAGACAGUGAAUCUGAUGUAUUAUCUUCUCAGUGUAAUAUAGAGGUUCCCGAUACAGACAACGAAGAAACAGAAGUUUCUUACGUUUUCUCUGAAGUGAAAUGUGAAAUUAAGGAUAUUGAGGAAGAUAAAGAGGAAACAAAGAAUGAACCCAGUACAGAGGAACAGCGGGAAUGUGGAGGUUUUGAAAGCAUGAAUUCGGGAGAUCCGGCCACUCGGCAAAAUUGCACGCAAGAAAACCUCUCUUCAACAGAAGACAAUGAUAACGAUAAACAAGUCACAAAUGAUCAGCUGUGCAAAACAUGCAGUGAAAAGUUUAGUGAUGCUGACGUAUUUACAGAUCAUUUUCUUCUUACUGCUUUUGAGGAUCCGAAUAUGUGUAAAGUGUGUAAGAAAUCCUUGAACAGAGCUAGCAGUCAUGAAAAACAAUCUAAUGUACAAGCUACAUCUAAACCUUUUGUGUGCAAAGAAUGCAAUAAGCAGUUUAGUCAUCAUAAUUAUUUUAAAUUACAUUCUCUCAUUCAUACAGGAGAAGGACUUCAUGAAUGCCACAUGUGUGACAGGAAAUUCCUUCGAGCUAGUAACCUCAAAGACCAUCUAGUUACACACACAUCUGAUAAACCUUACGAAUGUAACGUGUGCCAUAAGAAGUUUAACCGUUCAAGUAACCUCAAAGAACAUUUACGUAUCCACACAAAUGAAAGAACUUACGAAUGCCCCGAGUGUCAUAAAUUGUUUUCCAAGUCUUUAUACCUCAAAAGACAUUCACUUAAACAUACAGGAGAAAUGCACCAUGAGUGUAACAUAUGCAACAAAAAGUUCAAUGAUCUUAGUAAUUAUAAAGUACAUAUGCUCAUUCACACGGGUGAAAAGCGCCAUGUUUGUAAAGUGUGUAACAAAAGGUUCACAACACCAGGUUAUUUGAAGAAACAUACUGGUGUACACACAGGACAGAAACCUUACUCUUGUGAAAUAUGUCAUCAGCGUUUUACUCAACCCCACAGCGUAAGAAAGCAUUACCUGAUCCAUACGGGUGAAAAGGCCCAUGUUUGCGAGAUAUGCAAUAAGAGAUUUAACACUAGAAGUAAUCUGAAGUUGCAUACCUUGGUUCAUGUAGAAGAGAAACCACAUUCCUGUAACGUGUGUAAUAGGAAGUUUGCAAGAUCAAGUAGUCUUAAAAAGCAUUCCCGUAAACAUUUUUGAGGCAUCGUGUGUGAAAGUGUGUAGAAAGAAAUUCAAUGUUGUCUAUGCUCUUAUAAGACACUGCUGAUCAUACAUUAGCUAAGAGUAAUAAAGCUGUUUAGUGACGCAUAUUUUGAGUUCUGGCUUUGUAAACUUUUCUAUGUUUCUGAAAUAGCAGUGAAACUUGAAGUUACAUCGUAGUGGAAGUAGCUAAGAGUGAGACAAAUAGUGCUUUCUUUAUCUGUGCCCUAACCAUUCUCAAACAGAAAAAAGCAGUUUAAGUUUACAUGUAUUACAUAAGUAAUUAGUGAUGUUUAAUGUUAUUGCACUGAACAUAGAGAAGUUUACACUCCUCUCGAGUCAUGGUGUCCUGACAAGUUUUAUGGUUUUCUUCAGUUUCUGCAAGUAAAAUAAUGGGAUAGUACCUUAAAGUAGAUAACUCAUUCAACCUUCUGUCUUUUGUUACAUGAGACAUGACAUUGAAAAUUUGUCAUUAAAUGACCCAAGAAACAAUCGUA